AUAUGUUAAAAACAAAGAAAUUAAUAUUAAUCUAUAAUUUGAAAUCAAAUUAAAAAAUUAAAAACUAAAUUCCUAAUUUUUUCUCUUUCUUUCUCAUUCUUCUCCUUCUUUCCCUAUUGACGCCGUUUUUCGUCAACUUAGAAAUGAAGAGUGAUUAAACAAAAUACUAGAAGAGACAAACAAUAAAAGACACGAUGUUUACGUGGUUCAGCAGUUAAAAUCUGCUUAGUCCACGAGUCGGUAUUAUUCAAUUUUUGGAAUUCUCUCAAAGCUUUUCUGGAAGCAAAUUUACAUACAAAUUUCUCAGUCCCCACAAAUGAAUUGUUCCACGCUAUUUAUAAAGUGGUUUACAGAAUAUCUCCCCUCAUAUUUCGGGGAUUUAUUAUACAAAUAAAUUAAAUGAAUGUAAUUAAGUGCGUAUAGUUACUACGUACGCGUAUAAAUCCCAUGAUAUUUGAUAUUUAAUAACAGAUUACAACCAAUCCCUUAGAUAUAGGGAUUCUAUAACAAUAACUAUGUUCACACUUAUCUUGCGACCUUGGACAUUCGAAUUACCUGCUUUCGAGACCGACCCACCAUCACGAGCUCGCUACCUCAGUUCGCCUCAGCUUUUAACAAGCAACCUUGUUCAGAUCAUUAUUUUCAAGCUCACAAUGCUCGAGCUCAAACCGUCUUGUUAGAUGGUAGGAAAUGAAUCAGGAAAUUUAUACAAGUGCUGAACCAUUGUCAUUGUAGCUUCGAGCUUGACUUAUAAUCUCGGAACACCUCCGAGACCACAUAGUUUCUGAGCUCGCCAAUUCUGACGUUGUCGCACUAACUGCUCAGUGAGACUGUUCUUGAUAUUUUGAUUAAAGUUGAUUAUGACGAACCUGCGUAUUCCAAGCUUACACUUUACGAGCCUGACUUUCGAGACCAAAAAUUUGUAUUCUCGAAAUUUGGGUGUAACAUUUUGCCCCCUCAAAAGUUUCAGUUCGAAUCCUAUGAGAAGGAAACUUUUGAACUGCCACUUCCGAAAAUCGAGCCACCCACCACACUCGAGUGUGGACACGCGUCAGUCAUAGAUUGCACAGUCAGAGUACUCGAGUACUCUUUUCAUCUACCCACUUCUUUUCAAAUCCCAGCUUUUUGCCACCAAAGUUAUAUUCGUACCCCACCCGUUUGAUCAAAUUCCAAAUUGAACCAAAGACCCAGAUCAACCUAACCCUUGAUAUCCUUUGGGGUCUAUAAAUAAGCCAACUUUAUCUUCUUCAUUUUACUUUUAUUCUUUCUACAGAACAAAAAAACUCGUACUAGAAGAAGAAAAAAGAAAAACUAGAGAUUUCUUUGCAUGUUCUCAAAACCCAAAAAGCAAAGCAAUCUUUCAUCCGUCAAUUCAGUGGGAUCGUCUCUGCUGCCUCUUCUACAAUCGACGAUAUCCUCGUAUCCUCAGUCCAAUUUACGUAAGUGCUCUGAUCAUUCAUUGGUGUGUAUACAUUUUUUAUUUUCUGCGUGCUUUUUCUGCUGUAUGAAUAGUUUAUCUAAUAUUGAACAAACUUUGGAUUAAAUUUUUUUUGAAAUCACGGUUUUCAAACCCAGAUUUAGUGUAAAAAAUGCAAAAAUAGGGUCUUUUGGAUUAAAGUAGUGUUUCGUGUAAGCAAAGAAAUAGGGGUUUUGACUUAGGUUUUUUAACUGCACAAAUCCCAAAAUUAUCACCUUUUUGGGUAACUGUCAGCUUUAUCCCUGAAAAUCCGAGAUCCUUAUAUUUGAUAUCCACCACCCCACUCUCUCGUGUAAGUACGCGGUCGAAGCUCGAACUUUACAAUGGUUUGGGAUUCACCUUCGAAUUCAACUUAUCCUUUUGAGACCCCAGUCUCGAUUGAGUUAAUUCCGUGAUCUCAGGUUUUCGAGCUCGAAUCACCAAAACUAUCUUUUCUCUUUUCUUUUCUUUUUCUUUCAUGCCUUGCCCUCACCCUUUUCUUUCUUGCUAGAUGUCGCAGAAUUCUUAGAAUCGGUGGGGGUCAGAGCUCGCAAUCCCAAUUCUCCAUCAAUUCCUAGCCCAGAAUCACCCUUCACUCGGAACCAACGCCUGAUACGCGAACACCGGGAGAGGUGCGAACAAGAAGACAUCUGAGAUCACUUCCGACGCCAGAUUAACGAGGUCGAGGAGAAGAAGAGGAAAAUACUCCGGGUCGUAGUCUCCCUAGAUCUGGAUCCCAAGAUCAGACCCGUCCUUCUCGAUCUGAAAUUCAAAGUCACCAUCGCUUUCGAGCCUGGUGUUCUUUCAUUAUCACUGAUGGGAGAUCAUUCGAGCUGCCCUUCUACCUCACAAGAUGCUUCAAUUCUGACCUCAAGGGAGGAAUUCUUCGAGGCCGAACAAUACUGGAGCUCAGUCUCAUCCACGAGCCAAAUAUCUGACCUGCUAGCCCACCAUGGCUUGAAACUCGCAGGCGCUCUAAUAUGUCGGCCUACGACCUCAAGCAAGUAGAGCUACUUUGCUCCAGAAGAUGGCAAUCCCAACAACAAAAUCAAGCUCGCCGCAUGGAGUCGCGAGCACAUGAGGGCAGGGCUCUGCUCCCCUUAAAGUCCUACUUCAAGGACUUUCUAGACUUUGUUGGACUCGCUCCCUUCCAACUCCAGACCAAUUCUUACAGGGUCCUCUCGGCCCUUAAAUCGUUAUAUCACGAGCUAAGGUGGGAAGGACCCUCACCUCGAGAGAUUUUAUAUCUCUUUUGCCUCAAGGGCAUUCCCUCUCGAGCUAGGGGAGGAGACGAAUUCUACUACCUCUCGAUCUAUCCAAAGGAGAAGAAGCUCUUUGGGGACAUGCCCAAUCAUCCCCCGAACUUCAAGCUCGCAUUCUUCUGAACAGAUGGCCUCACCCCUUCGAAGUUUUACUCUUUCCAACGCAUUCGUAAGUGCUCUUAAGCCUAACCUUCUUUCUUUUUCACCAAAUCAUAAGGCUCGGAAUUCUAACGUUAAACUGUUUCUACAGCCAACUACCACCAUCCCACUCCUACCGACUCGAUGGUGGAACAUAAGGCAGCUUUGUUCCAACUGCCUUAUGGACAACGAUCGCAGUCGUAUCUUCUCCACGAAGAGCAACUUCAAGCCUGCUGCCUUUUGGAGGAAGGCCAGUCAACCGAUGACUCUGCCUAAAGCAAAUACUUCCGAUGGGAUCACGUGUUGCUUCCUCCGAGGAGGAGGUCUUCGAGCUCGCGAGCUCGCUCCCCUGCAGCUCGCUGUAAUGACCGUCCUGCUAUGAGAAACGAAGCUCAAGAUAAAGCUUCACCGAGCUCGGGUAAUGGAGGUAAAGUUGUGCUUAGCUCCAAAAUGUAGUCACCAUCCUUACUUAAGUACAAACCCGACACCUUAAUACUUUUCCCCGACCCUAGGGAUAAUUUUUACGCUUGGUCCUGGGUAGAUCAUAGGGUGCAUAGGUUCGAUAGUUGGCUAGGCCCGUUUCAAACCAUGUAUAGUCUAAAUGAGGUCUGGGAUAGGGUCUCCGUUCAAUACAGGACCAAUAUAUAUAGGGACCUCUCUAGGCCAACCCCUACUUAUAGAGAAGGGACUCCCCAGCGUCCUCGGAGGUUAGAGGAAUUACUUGGUCGCCGAGCUCAAGCUCGAUAGAGAGUACCAAAGACAUGGACUUUGACCUAGACAACGUGCUCAACCACCCAGCAGGAACCAAGGGAAGCAAGCUCCCAAGGGCGUCUCAAAGAGGAGGACGCCCCUCCAAAGCCCUGAAGAAAACCGAGGUGACUCCUCCACCCUCGGCUGUCCAAGAUACGAUCCAAGUUGCCGACCCUACACCUGAGGUCAUGGUCUUUACUCAAGUGGAGUUGGCGGCGCCUGCGGACCUCUUGCUUCCGAUCUCAUCCCCCAAGCGACCUGCACCAGCCCCCAGAAAACCAGCCUCUACCCAGGAACGUCUUCUGUCUAUCUCAACCCACCUUCCCGAGUAUGUGAUUGAUCCAGCCGUAGGGUCACACGGGAUCAACUUGGGCUCGAACGUCUUAUCCCGAUUCGGCCAAAGCCUUAACAACCUCGGAGCUCCCCAAUGGCAAUUCCUCACCUCCUGCCGCGACACAAACACCAUCUUUGACAAGGGCAGUGAGCUCUUCACCUCGGCUUUUGCCGCAUUUGUUCAACAAAAAUUCAAGUUGAACAUUGAGGUUUUAGCAAGCCAGGCCCAUGCUCAUGAAGCAAAGAACCUCCAGUUAAAGGUCAUAGACGAGGUCAAGGUCGCGAUGCUGAAGGUGUCCGAGUUUCAAAAGAAGUUGGAGGUUGCCCUGGCAUCUUCCCAAAGGGUGUCCAAUCUCAAGUCUACAAUGGUCGUGACUUUAAAAGAAGUCGAGGCCAAGAACUCCGAGAUCAAGGAGAAGGAAUCCAAAAUCAGAGAACUCCAAGAGCUCAAUGCCAAACUGGAGGAGGACAAAAAUGCAACCUUCGAUAUAAUCAAAGGUGAGAAGGCCCACCUUCUUGAGGAGAUCAAGAAGAAAAAAGAUCAUGUUGUCGACAUGGCGAUGUACCAUAUCUGGGUCAACAAUCCUGAUCUCGACACCAGCUUCUUGGACAACCUUGAGGCCAAGUUCGUUGAGAGGUGGCAGACUCGCCUCGACGAAGAAGACGCCAGGGCUGAGGUCGAGGAGACGGCUAGAGCGUCCGGAGCCGCUGAAGAGGAGGAACCUGCUCCGUGAGGGCGAGGUCAUGGGCUGCCUCCCAUUAAUAUCUUUUGUAAUACUUAACUUAAUUUAUACAUGCCCUUAGGGAGAAGACAAUUCUCAGCUCGAUUCAGAACUAUUUUUUAUAUAGCAAUGUUAAUCUUAAAUGCGUACAAUCUUCUGGGUGAAAAUCUUUCAUGCAUUUGAUUUUGCUUUCAGCUUUUUGUUUUAAUAUUAUGCUUUACAUUUCGGGGUCAAAAUAUUUUGAACAUGUUAUAUUAAAAACUUGCUUUUAUAUUUUUUUAUCUGUACAAAUACAUAUAUUGUAUUUAUGCUCGAAUUCCAAUGCACGCAUGCACCGUUUGUUCGAAAUAUCCAUGUCUGACUUCGUUAAUGUCAAGGUCGGACCUUACUUUCACCAUGUACUCAAAAGUACUUAGUUGGUGUGGAUGCUGAAAAUUAUACACCGGUAACAGACCCGCAUCUCAUGCCUAAGGUCCCUGGGAGAUCCAAAGCAACCAUGUCUUAAAUCCCUUUGAUCCCUCGAAAGGAUACCCAAAUCAACCUUGCUCCAAAUGACCACUUCAUCUUGGACACCCACGAGCGCCCCAGACGUCUCACGAGACUUGUCACCUCGCACGUCACGGGUGCAUACGGCGCCUCGCGGAUGCAUAUGGCGCCUCGCGCCCAUGUGGCCUCGCAGGCACAUGAGAGUCUCGCUCGCACCCCUGAUGUCGCACAACCGCCUCACGCACCCCAGGCAUCUCGCAAGCCAUGUCGCCUCGCCUCGCCUAGCCCUGCGCAUCAGGCGCGCCAUGGGCCAUGACGCCUCACGCGCCCCAGGCGUCUCGCGAGCCAUGUUGCCUCGCCUCGCCUCGCACAUCAGCCGCGCCAUGGGCCUAGCGAGACCGUUGUCUCGCCUUCACCUUGCCCCACGCACUAGCUACGCCAUGGACCCUCACCUUGCCCCGCGUACUAGCUACGCAAUGGGCCUCGCGAGACUAAUGUCUCGCCCUCGUCUCGCCCCGCGCACUAGCCGCGCCAUGAGCCUCGCGAGACCAGUGUCUUGCCCUCACCUUGCCCCGUGCACUAGCUGCGCCAUGGGCCUCGCGAGACCAGUGUCUCGCUUGCGCACCAGUCGCGCCAUGGGCCACGUGAGAGACGCCCCCACCUCACCUCGUCACAUCCGUGCCACUAGGGGUUGCGUACGUAGUGGGCCUCGUUGGAGGGGCCUUAUCUCUCCCCUUAAGAUAAGUGCUACUAACGGGGCACCACUCUUACUGUGGGUCUAACUAGAGGUAAGAUCAAGGACCUCUUUAACGCACCAUUAAGAACGAAUUGGGGAAGCCUCAUAGCGAUUCAUGCAAAGUCGGAAGAAAUACUAAGCAACCUGAAAAACUGAUGGGAGCUAAAGCAUGGACACGAGGCCCACGCCAGACAAGUAGUGGGAGUACUAGGAGAGGGGACAUGGCCUGUAUGCUUCUAACCUGAUGUCAGAGUCGACACCACCACCAACACCACUACGCCUGGUGCCACUCCUCUGACACUCAUACUAAAGAAGUAGUGGAGACAUCCCCACAGAAUCUAACCAUGUACUGGAGCCAACACCACUACCCCUGAGACCACUCUCCUGACAGUGUAGUUGUGUACCAUCUGGUCCCUUGGACCACAAUGUAUCAGAGGCCAUUAGAGCCCACUAUAAAAGGAACCCCACUUACACAUGGAAGGGGGUUGGAAAAAAACACUGUAGCUGGACACAAAAGUGAAAUACAAGUUCUUUUCUCCAUUUUCUCUUCUGCAACUAUUUUCUAAGUUUCUGUUUAGAUUUUGGAAGUUCUUCAUUUAUAAACACUAUACCUUGAUUUUUCUAACUUAACUUCAUUGACGAGUUCUCACCGUCAGGCCCCAAAGGAACUUGAGGUUCACGGAGAUGAAAGAGAAGCCUCAUCCCCGACAGUCCCACCUGAGGAGGAUCGUCCAAGGCCAACGACUGCCCCAGCAAGGGAUGCCGAUGAGUUCCUGCCUCCAAGGCGGCCGCAGGUGCCAAACUCCGGCGGCAGGAUCUAGGCCUAUCGGAGCGCAGACCUGACAAACACCCUCAGGUCCACUCUGUGAGCUCGAGUUCUAGAUCUCGAUUCUACGAAGACGAGAUACGUGAAUUGCACCGUAAGAAUCAAAGGCUAGAAACCACCCUGGAAAACAUGCAAGAGGUGUUAAAUGGCCUGUUGCAAGGGAGAUCAAACGUAACACUCCCUAAGAGAAAAGAGAGAGGUCAAGAGGGGGAAGAAACCACCGUCCCAGUAGACGACAAAAGGAUUCAACUCUCCACCAGUAACACCCCCUGAAUGAAGCAGCACGAACGUCCCAGACCACCGAAGCAUCCCUAGAGGCCAGAGCCGAAGACCAACGCUGGCCCUCGUAACGAUGUUGAAGUCACCUUAAGGAGAACACUCUCAGAUUUAUGAGAGGAACUCAACAAAAAGAGGGCGAGUAAAAGGACCACGCCUCCUAUGGCACCUCGGGAAGGCAAAGGAAAGGGAGACCCUAACCCAUCCACGCUGAGGGACUCCUUGAACAAGAGGAGACAAGAGCUAGACACAGAAAUGAGGAGCCUACGAAGUAAAAUCAUCACCGCCUUUGGAGGACAAGCCAUUGAGGAUGAGUUCGACCAUGAGUCGCCCUUCAUCAAGGAGAUCCAAGCCAUCCGGCUCCCAGCCAACUUCAAGGAGCCCCAUAUGACCCCAUAUGAAGGAAGCACAUAUCCUAAAUACCAUCUGGAUGCAUUUAACGACUUGAUGAAGUUAAGGGGAAUUAGUAGCGGGGCCAGAUGUCAUUGCUUCGCUGUCACAUUGAAAGGACCUACGUACAAAUGGUUCAAAAGACUUAGACCAGGGUCUAUCAGAUCUUGGCAACAAUUUUAUGAUGAAUUUCUCCAACACCACCACCCCGUGCGGGACUACACGAUGUUGGGCACCAGCCUCGCUAACGUAAAGCAAGGAGAAAAUGAGAGUCUAAAGAGCUACAUUCACAGGUUCAAUAUGGAGGCGACCAAAGUAGGGAGUUUGACCCGUAGAGAGCUAAAAAUGGCCAUCACAACCGGAGUACGCUCGGGAAGCCAGUUAUGGGAUAACAUGCUCAAGAGGGAGGUCACAGAUUUGGACAAUUUCUACGAACGGGCACAGAAAUACAUUCGCGUAGAGGAUGGUCACGAGAGCCUUAAGGCUGGAAAAGGCCAAUCCCCACCAAAACCCUCAAUCCGGGAAAGCCAAAGCGAUGCAGAGAAGAAGAGGGUCUAUGAAGGAAUAAGGGAUGACCAGCCUCGAAAGCCCCAGCGCACUGAUGAGCGCAGGCAGGGCCCCUACACCUCUUAUACUGACUUCACCCAUGCUAGAGAACAUAUUUUCGUCACGAAUGAAAACCAAGUCCCUUUCAGAAGGCCCUCGCCAAUGAAAAAAGACCCCAUCAAAUAUUUCCAGUAUCACAAAGAUAUCGGCCACACCACCGUGGAAUGUAACCACUUGAAGGUAGAAAUCGAGGAGCUUAUACGUAGAGGACACUUGGGUAGAUAUGUCUGCAAGGAGAGCCAAAGGCCGAAAAAAGGAGCAUCCUCACCGCGGGCACAAGAGGUGGCCCCAAAAAUACAGGGAGAGGUCAAUACCAUUUUUGGAGGGCCAGGAUUCGGAGGUGAAUCAAGGAAGGGGAGAGACAAAUAUACCAGGGAGGCAAGACGGAGUCCACCACCAUGAGUAUUAAGUUUGGAGCAACGCCCCCCAAAGAAUUUCAAGGGUGAGAAUGACUCGAUAACCUUCACCGAAGAAGACACACGGGGUGUGCAUUUCCCUCAUAACGACCCAUUGGUGCUGGCCGUCCAGCUUGCUAACAUGAGGAUGCAUCGGGUCCUAGUGGAUAAUGGAAGCUUUGUAGAAAUCCUGUAUUGCCUUCCCUUGGAGAAGAUGGGACUGAACAUCUGGCACCUGAAGCCCUGCGAUACCUCCCUGUAUGGAUUUACAGGAGAUUCAAUAUAGCCCCUAGGGGCAAUUAAAUUAGCUCUCACCAUGGGAAAACAACCCAGGAAAACUACCAUAAUGGCCAACUUUGUCGUGUUAGAUUGUGCCUCAACCUUCAAUGCGGUAUUAGAGAGACCCUCCCUAAGAGAAUUGAAGGCGAUAACUUCUGUGUACCACUUAGCUAUGAAAUUACCAACUUGGGGGAAUAGUAAGUGUGAGAGGGGAGCAGAAGGAAGCGAUGGAAUGCUAUAAUACAUCCCUUCGCACGGCCACAAAGCCUUCGAUGCCUAUGGCAAUGGUUGUUCAUGAAGGUGCAAACCUACACGAGUUGGACCCACGAGUCACGGAGGAAUCUAGAGCCGAACCGGUUGAAGAGUUGGAAGAAAUCACGGUCAUGAAUGAGCCGUUGAGAAAGUUGAAGGUAGGGAAAAACCUUAUGGGUGACGUGAAGGAGAAGCUAGUAGAAUUCUUGAAAGCCAACCUCGACGUAUUCGCCUGGAGUCACGAGGACAUGGUAGGGAUAGACCCAGCGGUCAUGUGCCACCACCUGAACAUCGACCCAAAAGCAAGGCCUGUGAGGCAGAAAAGGAGAGCGCUGGACCCAGAGAGAUACGCGGCCCUAAAAGAGGAGGUUGACAAGUUGAAGGCAAAUGGGUUUAUCUUAGAGGAAUUUUACCCAUUAUGGGUAUCAAACCCAGUGCUAGUCCCGAAGCCCAACAGAAAGUGGAGGACUUGUGUGGACUUUACUAACCUCAAUAAGGCCUGCCCAAAGGACAGCUUCCCGCUUCCUAGAUAGACCAGUUAGUAGACGCCACAGCGGGGCACGAGCUACUUAGCUUCAUGGAUGCAUAUUCCGGGUACAACCAAAUACCCAUGAACCCGGCUGAUGAAGAGCACACUUCGUUCAUAACAAACAAGGGGCUGUAUUGCUACAAAGUGAUGCCUUUUAUUUUAAAAAACGCAGGCCCUAAUUAUCAAAGGUCGGUGAACAAAAUGUUUGCAAAUAAAAUAGGAAGGAAUAUGGAAGUAUACAUGGACGAUAUGCUGGUAAAGACAAAGAAGGCGGGAGAGCUCACCAACGAUCUCAUGGAAAUGUUCGACACCCUUCGAAAGUUUAGAAUGAAGCUAAACCUGCUCAAGUGCACCUUCGAAGUUUCAUCAGGAAAGUUCCUGGGUUUUAUGGUGAAUUUCUGAGGUAUCGAGGCUAACCCUAAAAAAAUCAAGGCAUUGUUAGAAAUGAGCCCACCACGAAGCAAGAAGGAGGUGCAGUGCUUAACAGGGAGAGUAGCAGCCCUCGAUAGGUUCAUCUCCAGGUCUACUGACAAAUGCCUCCCUUUCUUCAACAUCCUAAAAGGGAACAAAAAGUUUGCUUGGGAUGAUGAAUGCCAGGAUGCCUUCACCAAGGUAAAGGAACACCUUGGAAAACCACCCCUUCUGGCCAAGCCAGAACAAGGGGAGAAGUUGUAUUUGUAUCUAGCUGUAUCAGAGCAUGCUAUAAGCGCCGCCUUGGUCAAAGGAGAAAAGAAGAACCAACAACUCGUGCACUAUGUAAGGAAACGGUCAAUAGACGCAGAAGCCCGGUACCCAGAAAUAGAGAAGCUAGCAUAUGCCUUGAUAGUGGCUUCUCGAAAGUUGAGGCCCUAUUUUUCAUGCUCAUGCUAUCGAGGUGCUCACAAACACCCAUCUGCGUCAAGUCUUGCACAAGCCGAAGACUUCGGGAAGGUUGUUAAAAUGGUCGAUUGAAUUGAGUCAAUUCGACAUCACUUACACCCCAAGGACCUCAAUCAACAGGCAGGUACUUACAGACUUUAUAGUCGAGUUUGCACACCGACCCCAUGAGGAGGGAGAAAUAGAAGAGAAUGAACCAGCGCAUGAAGAGGAAAAGCACCCUGAAGAAUGGAGCCUCCAUGUAGACGGGGCAUCUAACGAAGGAGGAGCCGGCGCUGGCAUAGUAAUGACGGGACCUGAGGGGCACAAGAUGUAUUGUGCCUUGAGAUUUGGAUUUUAAGCUUCUAACAAUGAGGCAGAAUACGAGGCGUUUUUGGCCGAGUUGCGGCUAGUUAGGGAGUUAAAGGUAACUCAUUUGCAUGUCUUUAGUGACUCACAGCUGGUAGUGUUUCAGGUGAAGGGUGAAUACUAAGCUAGAGGUCCAAAAAUGGUUGCAUAUCUCGCCAAGGUGAAGGGGUAUUUGGAUCAGUUCGAAAAGUACACCAUAGAACAGAUCCCAAGGGAGCAGAACACAAACGCCGAUGCACUUGCAAAACUCGCCUCCACACGAGACAAAGACACACUUGAGUCCAUCCCGGUCGAAUACCUCCCCAAGCCAAGCAUAGCAGAAGAAAGGAUCAACAUGGUUAAUAGCACUGAGGAGUCAUGGUUUGCACCCAUCGUGAGGUACUUAAUUGACGGGACCUUGCCUUUGGACAAAAAAGAUGCCCGUAAACUGACUUACAAAGCCGCUCAAUACACCCUAGUAGAUGGAGCCUUAUAUAAGAGAGGCUUCUCUACCUCGCUCCUAUGGUGCGUAGAUAAGGGAGAGGCUUUAAAAUUUUUACAAGAGAUACACGAAGGGGAAUAUGGAAAUCAUGCUGGGGGCAGUCCAUGGCAAAAAAGGCCAUCUGCAGGGGUAUUAUUGGCCUACCAUGGAGAAGGACGCGAGCGGCUUCGCGAGAAGGUGUGACAAGUGCCAGAGACAUGCAAAUUACCCCCGAUAGUCACCAAAUGAGCUGGUGAACAUGACCAGUCCGUGGCCCUUCGUUGUGUGGGGAAUUGACUUGAUUGGAGCGUUGCCAACAGGAAGAGGAGGAGCUAAAUACGCGGUAGUAGCAAUCGAUUAUUUCACUAAGUGGGUGGAAGCAGAGCAUUUAGUCAACAUAACGGCUACGCAAAUCACCACCUUUGUCAACAAGUAUAUCGUCUGCAGAUUUGGAGUACCCUACAAGAUUAUCUCCGACAAUGGAACACAGUUUGAAGGAGGAAUAUUUGAGGAAUACUUCAAGGAAAAAGGAAUCAAUAGGAAUUUCUCCUCAGUAGUACACCCACAAGCCAAUGGACAAGUAGAGGCCACCAACAAGAUCCUAAAAAGGAACUUGAAAACAAAGUUGGAAAAGUUGAAAGGGGCCUAGGUCGAGGAACUCCCCAAUGUACUCUGGGCCUACAGGACCACCCCUUGUUCCACCACUAGGGAGACGCCUUUCGCCUUGGCCUACGGCUGCAAGGCUGUCCUUCCGAUAGAAAUGAAGAUUAACUCCAUCUGCACGCAAGCAUAUGAUGACCAGGCUAAUAUCGCAGCAUUGGUCGGGAAUUUGGACCUGUUGGAAGCCAAGAGAGAAAGGGCACAACUGAGGCUAGCCACAUAUCAGCAACGAGCAGCGAGGUACUACAACUCAAGGGUGUGAGAGAGAAUGUUCAGGGUAGGAGACUUGGUACUAAGAAAAGUACUCCCUAACAUGCGAGACUCGAGGGCGGGGGAACUAGGGGCGAACUGGAAAGGACCCUACCAAGUCGCUCAAUGCAUACCACCAAACACCUAUAAACUGGCCCGCAUGGAUAACACCAUCAUACCUCGAGCAUGGAAUGCGGAACACCUCAAGAAAUACUACCAGUGAGACUUCUGCACCCGAUGCAAAGAAGACCUAUGUUUAGUUUGUUCCUUGUUAUGUUAACUUAGUAGGUAGGAAUGAAAGAAGCUACUCGGGUAACCUCCCAAUUAGAUGUAACCGUUUCAUAUAUGUCAUUGUAACCCGCCUGCUAUGAAUGAAACUGUUCGAAACUUCACAUGUUAUUUUUCUUCUCUAUAGCAUCCACCAAAGUGCCUGCUGGAAUAAAUUCCACCAAGAACUUGGGGGGUAGGACACAAGGCAAAAUAUAUAGCAAAGAAGAGGAUCCUUAAGGACCCUUAUAUCAGGAGGAUCCUAAAAGACCCCUUAUAUCAAAAGGAUCCUAAAAGGACCCCUGAUAUCAAAAAGAUCCUAAAAGGACCCCUUAUAUCAGAGGGAUCCUAAAAGGACCCCCUAUCAGGAGGAUCCUAAAAGGCCCCCCUAUCAGGAGGACCCUAAAAGGACCCCUUAUCUCAGGAUCCUAAGCGAGACCUAUAUA